AUGGCGUUGGCACCUUUUGAUCAUAAUAAGAAACCGUCCUCAUUUUCUCUUGGUAUCGGGACCUCCUACAGCAAGAAGGAAGAGAUCUCCCCUGCCGGUGGUCAGGAAAAGGAAUUACGAUUUGAAACUCAGUGCGUCGUCUCUGCUCCUCUCCCUUUCUUCAAUGCUCCUCCAAAAUCAUCUAACUCCAUCGGAUAUCUGCAACAUGGUCAGUGGCUGUCACUUGUCAUCCUCUUUGCACAUGUCUUGAAAAAUUUUACGAAGCUGCUUAAAAAUAGUAAUGGUAUUGGUGGAGAUGGAGGAGGCGAUUGCGCGGGGGACGGCACAGCAAAUAUAGAGUCACCGCUACCGCGUACUGUAAGUCCUGGUCUUCAUACCUGCUUUGAAAGCAGUAAAAAGAUCUCCCCAUCAGGCUAUUACAUUGUGAGAGGAGGCAGGGAUUUGUUUCCCUUGCUUCGGGAUGCAUUCAAGGGAAUUAAGCAGAUUGGUGUGAUUGGAUGGGGUUCUCAGGUGGAUACACUCUUCCUGACUCUGGAGAAAUUAAAGAGAAAUUUUAUGCUUAAGAUUGGGUUGCCCCAUGGAUUUCUUAUUGAGCAUUUGCAGUCAAUUGGACUUGAUUUCCCAAAGAACAUCAGUGUGGUUGCUGUGUGUCCCCUGGUGGAGGCCCAUUCUGUAAGAAGAGACCAUGUUCAAGGCCAGAAGAUCAAAAAUGGUGCCGGAAUUAAUUCCAGUUUAUCUGUCCACCAGGUGUUCAUUGUUGCAUAUACACAGGAUGCCGAUGGUAGAGCCACAGAUGUUGCCUUGGGAUGGUCAGUAGCCCUUGGCUCACCUUUUACAUUGGACCACGAAUGCAAAGCUCAUGCACUUUGA